GGGCCAAAUUCGAAUUUCACGUUGUGAACAUGCGCCAUCUGCUGAAUUCAUGAUAAUCCAUGAAUGAAACAUGUGCAUAGAAGUAUUUCAAUAUACAUUUGUAAGACCGAAAGAGACGAAACUGUGACCUUCCUGGUGGCCCUCAUGACCUUCAUUCUCAGAAGAUUUUAAGAUCUGAGCACUCAGCACCUAUCCCGUUGAUUUCAAUUUUCUGAGUCAAGAAUUCAGCGAAAAAAAAACAGUUCCCGUUUUACUUCAGAAGUUUUAAGUUUUCUAAAAGGGAAUAACUACCUGAAAAAAUCGUCUAAAGAUGUCGAAGGAACGCGCGUCUCGGAGGUUUUAUCGUAUGGACAGCACCCACGACCUGUCAGGAUUCCUGGACCGAGGACACACCGCAGAGCAGGAAAACAGAUGGAAUUUCGAGGCUGCCUGGGAAGUUGCCAAUAAAGUUGGUGGAAUUUACACAGUGAUCAGAUCGAAGGCUUACGUAUCCACCGAAGAAUUGGGAGAUCAAUAUUGUAUGAUUGGUCCAUUCAAAGAACAAUGCGCCAGAACAGAAGUAGAAGAGGCUGAAUUCCCCCUGCACAAUCCUCUCCGAACAGCAGUCCAGAGUAUGAGAGAUCAAGGAUACAAAGUGGUGACAGGUACAUGGCUGGUUGACGGAAACCCCCAGGUGAUUUUAUUCGAUAUUGGAUCAGCAUCGUGGAAACUGGACGAGUACAAGCAGGAAUUGUGGAGUUCCACCAACCUGGGGAUUCCUCAUCUGGACAUCGAGGCAAACGACGCUGUCAUAAUGGGAUACCUAGUGUGCCAGUUUAUAUCUGAAUUCAGAAAAGCUGCUGAGAGUUACUCCAGUCAGCCCCCCAGAAUCCUGGUUCACUGUCACGAGUGGCAGGCAGGUGUUGGCAUCAUCGCCCUCAGGACAAGACACGUGGAUGUUGCCACUGUAUUCACAACUCAUGCGACUCUCCUCGGGCGAUACCUCUGCGCUGGAAAAACUGACUUUUAUAAUAAUCUGGAUAAAUUCAACGUCGACGAAGAGGCGGGUAAACGUCAAAUUUACCACCGAUACUGCAUGGAAAGAGCAGCAGCUCAUCUCUGCCACGUGUUCACCACUGUCUCCGAUAUCACUGGAAUCGAGGCAAAACAUUUGCUCAAACGCGAUCCAGACAUCAUAACUCCGAAUGGUCUAAAUGUCAAGAAGUUCUCAGCACUCCACGAAUUUCAAAAUCUUCAUGCAGUUAGCAAAGAGAAAAUUCACGAAUUUGUACGUGGACAUUUCUACGGUCACUUUGAUUUCGAUCUCGAUAAGACUCUGUAUUUCUUCACUGCCGGACGCUAUGAGUUUGGAAAUAAGGGAGCGGAUAUAUUCAUCGAGGCACUUGCCAGACUCAAUCAUUAUUUAAAAACGUCCAAGCCCGAUGUGACGAUCGUUGCAUUUAUGAUAUUCCCAGCGCGCACGAAUAAUUUCAAUGUCGAGUCACUCCGUGGACACGCGGUGACAAAAUCCCUGAGGGAUACCAUAAACACUAUCCAACAGGAUAUUGGUAAGAGGAUGUAUGAAUUGUGUUUAUCCGGAAGACUGCCCGAUGCUCAGGAUUUACUUCUGAAAGACGACAUAAUUAAAAUAAAGAGGUGUUUGUACGCUCUACAACGAAAUGGUCUCCCACCGAUUACGACUCACAAUGUAGUCGACGACUGGAACGAUCCGAUCUUGACAGCAAUUCGCAGAUGCAAUUUAUUCAAUACCGUUCAUGACAGAGUCAAAAUUGUCUUUCAUCCCGAAUUCCUGUCCUCUACGAAUCCGCUGUUUGGCCUGGACUAUGAAGAAUUCGUCAGGGGAUGCCACUUGGGGGUUUUUCCCUCCUACUAUGAGCCAUGGGGAUACACUCCAGCUGAAUGCACCGUCAUGGGCAUCCCCAGCGUUACAACAAAUUUAUCUGGUUUCGGUUGUUUCAUGCACGAUCACAUCGCUGACCCCAUGAGCUAUGGCAUUUACAUCGUGGAUCGACGUUUCAUUGAUGUUGAAGCUAGUGUUCAGCAGUUGGCGCAGUAUAUGUUCGAUUUUGCGCGUCUCAGUAGGAGACAGAGAAUUAUUCAACGAAAUAGAACAGAGCGGUUGAGUGAUCUUCUUGAUUGGAGAAAUCUGGGAGUUUACUAUCGUCAAGCGAGGAUAAAGGCACUCACGACAGUUUAUCCAGAAUUCGCUUCUCAAUUUUCUGAUGAGAAUGUUGGGAAAUUCAGUUAUCCUAGACCAUUCAGUGAACCACCUUCUCCUUCUUCCUCUCGUAUCACAACUCCAGCUGCCUCUGUUCACGGAUCCGAUGACGAGGACGAAGUGGAUGACGAGAAAGAGCUCGAAGAACUGAGACAGGCUAAUGGACGAUAAGCCCAUCGAGACGAAUGGGAUUGCAGAUUUAUUUUGUUAGAUUUUUAAUGUUAGUUUUACUUUCGAUGCUAUCGAUAUUAUAUUGUGUGGACAAGAGACUAUUUUCGAGAGAUAGAUGCACAACUGGUUGACAUUCUUCAUAUUUUUGAAUUCCAGUUUGACUUGUUUGGAUUGGAAUCGUUAUAUUGUGGGGCUUACGAUAGUCCCCCAUCGCUUCUUUGGAAUCCAUUUCUGAAUAAAUGAAAAAUUAUAGAUUAUAUAGA